GUUAUAAAUCCCUCAUAAUUUUAAGUCUGUGCCACCCCGACGCCCCGUCACUCGUCAAACCCAAUUUAGAUCGGUAACGGACUCACCCAAGUGAGACGCCCGGUUUACGUUGGUUAGGCGCGAAACCCGUAACUAGGGUACUGACUCGCCCCGGGUUAGUCUUAACUAAGUCUUGGUCAUAAGGAUGAGAGACUUAGGGCACUGCGGUAGGAUCAAUAAAUAAAAUCAGAUCAUCCAACCAGAGUUGUAAAUUGUUACAAUUGGAAUUUAUUCCUACCAGAAAUAAUUUAACUGUAGGGCAAGAUGCAAAGCACAACUAUAGUUAAAUGAAAUAUGGAUCUGGCCCAAUUAAGAAUUUUAUUUAAAAGAAUCCACCGAACCAAGAGUUGUAAUAACGAUUGCAAUUGGAAUGAAUUCCUACCUAAAUAAUUUAACUGUAGGGCAAGAUGCAAAGCACAACUAUAGUUAAAUAAAACAUGGAUCUUGGCCCGCUAGGAUGGCAAACAACAACACAAACAGCCUCGCCUUGCGUUCCAUUCUGGAUAAAGAUAAAUUGAACGGAACAAACUUUGUUGACUGGCAACGCAAUCUCUGCAUUGUUCUCCGCAUGGAUGAGAAAGAGUAUGUGCUCGAAAAGCCCAUUCCUCCUACCCCUCCCGCUAACGCCCCGAAAGCGGUCAAAGAUGCCUACGAGAAACAUGUUAAGGAUGACAACCAGGUUAGCUGUGUCAUGCUGGCUACCAUGAUAACCGAGCUGCAAAAACAGUACGAGGACAUGAAGGCCCACGAGAUGAUCGUGGCCUUGCGGCAGCUAUACCAGGGGCAAUCCAGGCAUGAACGUUUUCUCGUGAGUAAGGCUCUCUUUAGUUGCAAGCUCUCUUUAGGAAACCCGGUCGGUCCGCACGUUCUCAAAAUGAUUGGUUACAUAACCAAUCUGGAGAAACUUGGGUUCUCCUUGCAGAAGGAGCUGGCAACGGACCUGAUCCUGCAGUCGCUCCCUGAGCUGUAUAAGGGUUUUGUCAUGAACUACAUGAUGCAUGAUCUUGACAAACCCCUUCCGGAGCUUCUUAAAAUGCUCCAGGCUGCAGAGGAGAACCUUACUAAGGGCAAGGGUGCUUCCGUCCUUAUGGUCCAAGGCGGAAAGGGGAAGCCAAAGAAGGGGAUUUAGAUUAAGGCUAGGACGGUCGGAAAGCCUAAAUCGAAGUCCACUUCAUCUGCAACCCAGAUACCCAUAGGAGGAGUUGCAAAGGGCAAAUGUCAUCACUGUGGGACUGAAACAGAGUAGACGGUUAGCUCGAGGCGAGAUUGAACUCUGAGUCGGCAAUGGUGCACCUGUUGCAGCUUUGGCAAUCGGAACUUAUAGUUUAGUCUUGCCUAGUGGUCUAAUGUUGGAAUUAAACGAUUGCUUGUACGUUCCUGCAAUUAGCAGAAACAUUAUUUCUGUUUCAUGAUUUCUUGAUAAGAAUGGUUUCAUCAUUUCUAUUAAAGACAAGUCCCUUUC